UUUUCCCUAUAUUUUGGCUUCAAAUUAAGUUGUUGUGGAGUCCUAUUCUUGGGGAAAAAGCAUAUGAGUUGGUCCACUCUUUUUCUCUCACUUAUCCCAUAAUCAGAUAUACACACUUUAGAUGUAACUAAAUUGUGCUUAAGUUCAGCCCCCAAAAAGUGCAAAUACGUUCCAAGACCUUGUGAUGGGCAAGAUUCUAUAAAUAGAACGUAUUCACACUGUUUCAUGGUCACCGAACCUGCUUUCUCUCUUCAACGAAUUCACACCAUCGAGUUUGAGUAAGUAAGGGUUUGGAACGUUGAAACAGAAAGCUUGCAGCAUCAACAAGCAAGGAGACUAAGCAAUGGCUGGAGUUGUUCAAUCUGCAAAUUUCUCUGACUUUAAGUGUGAAAUUCCCGAGCUAAGCGGUGAUAAUUACAAAGUCUGGAAGGAGAGAAUUCUUCUUCAUUUGGGCUGGAUGGACAUUGACUAUGCCAUAAGGAAAGAUGAACCAGCUGCAAUUACUGCAGCCAGCACGCCAGAUGAGGUUGAUCUUUAUGAGAAGUGGGAGAGGUCUAACCGCCUCUCCGUAAUGUUCAUAAAGACAAAAAUUUCUGCCGGCAUUCGGGGUUCAGUAGAGCAACACGAGAAUGUCAAGAAUCUUAUCGCUGCCAUUGAUGAACAAUUUGUGUCAUCGGAUAAGGCUCGCGCCAGCACCUUGAUAAUUAAGUUCUCUAACAUGAAACUCACUGAAGUGAGGGGAGUGCGUGAUCAUAUCAUGCGUAUGAGGGAUAUAGCGGCUCAACUUAAGAGUUUGGAGGUAACAAUGUCUGAUUCUUUCCUUGUUCAUUACAUCUUAUGCACUCUUCCUCAUCAAUAUGGUCCUUUCAAGAUAUCCUAUAACACACAUAAGGAUAAGUGGUCAAUCAAUGAAUUGUUGACCAUGUGUGUUCAGGAAGAGGAAAGGUUGAUGAUGGAGGAAGGUGAGAAAGUUAAUUUAACUGUUCAAGGAAAGAAAAAGAAGGGAUCUGCUAAGGAUAAAGGCAACAUCCCUCCUCAGCCAAUCAUAAAGAAGGAGUCUAAGUGUUUCUUCUGCAAAAGGAAAGGACAAGAAAGGUACUCCAUUUACAUUUGUUUGUUAUGA